CAAUUAAAAACUUACUAUAAUUUUUUUAUACAUUUAUUUGCUUAUGAAUUUGUUUAUGAUCAAUUUCCAGUAGAUAAUAUUGAUGAUAAAUAUUUUAAUAAAUAUCUUACAUAUUGGAUUAAAAAAAAUUAUAUUCUACAUAUUAAUAAUUCAACAUAUGAAAUUAAUAAAAAUUUUCUUGAACAAAUUUUAUUAAUAACAAGUCCUUUUGAACAAUAUGCACGUGCUUAUUUAUUAAUAUAUGAACAAGAAAAUAUUUUAACAGAAAAUAAUUUAUCAAUAUUAAUAAAAAUUUAUCAAAAAAAUUUAUUAACUAAACUUGAUUCACAAAAUAUAAUUAGUAUAUUAGCAUCAUCAUCAAAUGUUAUAAGUAAUGCUUUAAGAACAUUAAAUUUAAGUAAUACGUCAACAGCAUUAUCUCAACUUCGUUAUAUGCUAACAAAAAUAUUUCAACCAAUAUCAAUUCAUCUCCGUGCUAAGUUAUAA